AGUAGCAAUGUCAACAACCGGCUUGCCAGUGUGGGAAUCAGACCAACACAGAGGAGAAUGAGAAAGAACCCAGGGAGUGAAGAAAGGAAUAUGAUUUAAUCCAAGGCUACAAAGGAAGAGAUUAAAGAUUACCUAUUGCAUUUACCUGCCUUCAAAGCUAAGGGUAAUGAGUGGAGGAAAACAGCUGCCGUUCCUGGCAGUGUUUGUGCUCCUGGUGAGAUGUCAGCAAAAGCCAACGGUAACUAUGACACCUGAAUUAAAGACGAUCUUCUCUGGGGACCUGUUUUAUUUGGGGUGUAACAGCAAGACAAGUGGGAGCAGCGUGAAAUGGUACUUUAAUGACAGCGAACAACAUCAGACCAAAGAAAUCUUUGAGAUUGCAGUUGCUUCCCCCAAACACUCAGGCUCCUACCAAUGUGAGACCAACGGACAAAAGAGCGACACAUUUUCGAUCAGCGUCAUAGAACACGGUCCCAGUGCCUCACUCACCAUCAAGACAGGUCAUCCAGUGAUGCCGAAAGGAGGUGCAGUCAUCCUGCAGCUUUACCAUGAGGAUGGUCUGGAUGGAUGGUUGUGCUGGGUCUACAGGAGAGAAAAAAAACAGAGGAAGUCGAUUAGGUUCAAAUCACUGGACACUCCGACAGACUUCACUUUUCAGACCUUACUGACUGACCCGAUGUCCAUUUUCUGGUGUACCAAUAAGACUCAGCAAGAGAAGAGAAGUAACCAGGUCACAGUUAGGAUCUCAGAUCAGGACAUAUUUCUGGAAAUGUAUCCCCUGCCUGCUGUAGUUGGGGAACCUUUGACUCUGAGGUGCCUCGUUUGGGGCACAGAUAGAAUUAGCAAAGCUGUUUUCUACAAAGGAGAUACAGUCAUUGCGGAUGGCAAAGCAUUUACCCACAAAAUCAAAGAUGUGACAGAAUCUACAGAAGGAAAAUAUAAGUGUGAUGCCACCUACACACAUGUGGCCCGCACUGCCGGGCCAGAUUAUCAUAAGUUCUCUGAUGUUCAAGAUGUGUUUGUCCAAGUGGCUCCUAUCAAGGCAGUUCUCGAUACAGACAAUGGCUUGCGGUGUUCUUGUUCAAGGUGUGGCAGUGAUGUUACCUAUCACUGGUACAAAAAGACUGAUGAUCGUUGGGAACGAAUGGAUGUCACCUCAAACCCCAUGACACCAGAAGUGGGUGGAAAUUAUGCAUGUAAAGCUAAGUGGAAAACCAGCCAGUCUGUUAUGAGCAACGUCCACACUUAUCACACCAGCUCAAACCUUGUCAUGGUCUUAGUCAUCUUACUGGUAGUGGCUGGUAGUGUGACCGUGCUGAUAGGUUUCAUAUUUUAUAGGAGGAGAAAUGUCACAGGCCCAGUUUACGAGGAUGUGCCAAGGAGAUUACAAGAAGGCGAUGAAAACUAUGAGAUGCUGCAGAAGGCAGGUAGCAGCCAAAGGGAGACACCCUAUGACACCCUUCAACCAGAAGCAUCAGGCAGAGCGAAGAAAGAGGGUGAAUACGAAGCCGCUGAAAGAAAGAGGGAAUGA